CAGUCCAGGUUCAUCCGCACUAUGAAUUCAUAUUUAUAGAAUUCCAGACGUAACUAACAAGUGUUUCUAUGUGAUGAAAUUACAAGGAUUGUAAUAUAGAGUAACAGAUAAUCUACCUGUGUAUUAGCAUACAAGGGCACCGUGAUUAUAAUAUGAUAUAGUUGCCACAAUAGAACCGAUAUGCAGCAAGCGCAUGACAUACUGUUAGGUAGCGCCAGCACUUUGCUUCCAAACACAGGAUUUGAUUUCCAAGGAAAGGGUGCGGUAACGCCUUCCGAAUUCAUAUUAGCCGGCGAUUCGCUCGUCGCUACUGAUAGCCGGUGGCAUUGGGUACUUGAAUAUAAUGGACCUCCUCUUGACUGCUUGCCAUCCGACAAACAACUCCUGCGUGCCCAUGGCAUCCCUUGCAUAAGUUUACCUAAACUCGUCACACGAGACGUUGGUGAAUGGGUGUUGUGCGAUGCUGUAUAUGAUAAUGAUUCAAAGUUAUUAGAUCCCGCGAAGGGUGAACACUGUACCAAUCGCCCAACGACAAAACUAUACGAUGACGGCGUCCCAAGCAGACCGCAUAGACGAUACGAUGUAAGCAUAACAUAUGACCUUUACUAUGAGACGCCUAGAAUAUGGCUAAUAGGAUUCAAUACGUUCGGACUGACACUAUCGCAACAUGAGAUGCUUCAAGAUGUGCCGUCUGAGUAUGCUGGUAAAACCAUCACUCUUGGUAGGCAUCCGUAUACCGGAGAACUGAACUUGACUGUACACCCAUGCUGUCAGAUGGAAGCGCUAUACAGACAAAACCAUGGCAAAUCUACAUACAAACCAGAAAAUGCUAUCAUAUUUGCAUUUGAUAUUUGGGCAUCGGUGCUGCCAAGGUUUUGCUUUAUUCCACCAAAGAAUAACAAUAAGAAUGCGAGCUUAGUUGAAAGGAAUGACACAACUGCAGCAAAUAAUACCGCAAUGUAAUAUAUAAUUAUACGA